AUGGAGAUAGAAGACGGCAUGGAGGACCCAGACAGUAAUAGUCUUUGCGAGGCUGCGGAUGCGCUAGGUAGAGUGAGAUCGUCGAUUGGAGCAGUGCAUGGGAAUAACGGAGACUGUGAAGCAUACAGCAAUAGCAGUAUUGCUUCGAAGCCUAGUGACAUUGUGAGAGCAUAUUCGUAUCUUCUUACCUGCAUUGACCAUGUGGAUGGAGUCCCAGCUGUUAAUUUUAGGGAUCUUUUCGUUGUAGAAACUUUUGUCCUCGACAGGAUCUGUGAGAAAAAGAUGCUUGACUUCGAUAGGAUCUUUGGAGAACAAAGGAACCCCAAUGCAAAAAGAAGAGAGAUGCUGAAAGCCAUGGAGGGCUGUCUUCCAAACAGCCCUAUAAACAUAGACUGUGAGCAGGAGCUCGAUUCCCUGAUGUAUAAGGUCUACAAGAGGCGUACGGACUUGAAUCCUAAGGAUCUUGCUCUCGGGGAAAUUGAGCUCCUGCUUGUCACAUUAUUCAGAAGAUCAGAGUCAUCAAGAUUUUUCAAGGUCUUCAGCCGAUGCAAAAAAAGCAAGGGAGCAUUAAGACUGGGGCUUCUCAUGGGUCUUAAGGAUGGCAACGAUGGACUGGUGGAUAAGCUACUACGGAGCUACGGCGAAGAAGACCUUUCCACCAAGAGCUACUUUCUAGACUGCAAAGACGACCUGAUUAGAAGAUCCAUCGAUCCGGAUUGGAUAAUGUCUGUUGAAAGCAAUGAGGAAUGGCUCGCUUGUAGGAAAGAGGAAAUGGAGUGGGAGGAGUGCGUUCACUUCUGGGCUACAAACAGAGAGGGAUCCUCGGAAGCAUUUAACAAGUCAAUGAUGGAUCUUUGCAUAAAACACAGAAAGUACGAAGAAGGAUGGAUUGUCUACAGCAAAGGAUGCAAGAAGACCCCUUAUGUCAUUCAUAAGGCAUGUCUUCUUUCAUUGAAGGCACUAAAGGAAACUAAUGAUUGCAAGUGGAUUUCGAGGCUGUUUGAAGUUAUCGAGGCUUCGGAGCCAGAGGAGGACGAUGCAAAAUACCUAGUUGCAAAUGAUGUCCUUGAAAACUUGUCAACCCUCCCUGAAAAUGUGAGGAACCUUGUUUUGAAGGGGUUCAUAACUAGAAUAGAUCUCCUGGACAGGAAUGAGGAAGUUGUGAAUCUAGUAAUAAGAGGGCUCCUAGACCUUUGCAGAACAUGUGGACAUGACAAGGGACACGACCUGUUUGGAGACUAUGCUAAUCUUCUAUAUAGCAAGUGGAAAAAGCACAAGCUUUGCGGUAGAUAUCCUCCAGAGAACCAAUGCAAGAUCGAGUCGGAAAUAUAUUCAAAUAUGCUGAGCGUCUUCGACACCUUGCAGGACAAGGAAAAGGUGCUUAGCAUAUGCAGGGACAUGGUCAAUAGCAACAUGAAGAUGACCAAAGAACUCUGUUCCAAAAUCCAAACACUCCAUACAGUGAAUCUUGAGUCUUUCAAGUCGGAGCCCACAUCCUUGGAACAGUAUUCUGUACUGGAGCGGCUGGUGUCUCUUGUUCUGCAGAAGCAUUAA